AGACAAUUUAGCAUCUUCUUUGAAAAUAUCAUCAAAAAAAUUUCUGUAAAAAGAUCUCUCCUGAAUUAACAAAAUUUUGAAUUUAAACUACAUUUUGUAGGAGUUAUAAUGUCACAUAAAACAGGAAUCAAGUCUAAUAAUGAAUUAUUAAACUUUUUUGCAAAAUGCAAGAAAAAGAGCAGUAAAUACAGACUUGUGAAAGUAUCUAUUAUAAAUGAGGAACUAGCACUUGGAUGUUACAAGGAAGUAAGCAAGAAAGAUUGGGAAAGUGAUUUUGAUAAAUGCAUUGGCAGUGUAAUUGAAGAGAAUGUUCCUUGCUACAUACUUUAUCGACUUGAUGAAAUUAAUAAAGCCGUUGAUAGCUAUUAUUGGAUGCUUAUAUCAUGGAUUCCGGAUACUGCAACUAUUCGUGAAAAGAUGAUUUACGCAAGUACAAAAAGUACACUCAAACAGGAAUUUAAUACGGGAAAUUUAAAAGAGGAAUAUCAUUCGACAAAUUUAGAAGAAAUGAGUCUUGAUGGCUAUAAGAAGAACAAAGUCUUUCAGCAGGCAACCACACCUCUUACACAACGUGAGCAAGAAAUUAACGAGAUGCGCCGUACAGAAAUUAAAACUAAUAUCGGAAUUGAUUCACGUCACCAAACAAUGAGUGGUUUAAAUUGUCCAGUUAGUGAAGCAUCUCAACAAGCAAUUAGAGACAUUCAGCGUGGAUCUUACAAUUAUUUGCAAUUUGAAAUUGAUCUCGAUCAGGAAGAAAUUAAUAUUACGAAAGCUGAGAGUAUUGAAGUUACUAAAUUAUCAUCAAUGAUGCCAACUGAUCAUGCUAGAUUUCAUAUUUAUUUCUUCAAGCAUUAUUAUGAAGGUGAUUAUCAGGAGAGUUUUGUUUUUAUCUACAGCAUGGCUUCCAAUUGCUCAGUAAAGGAACGAAUGAUGUAUUCAUCCUGUAAAGCUCCAUUCUUAGAUAAGAUACAUACUCUUGGAAUUAAUUUCACAAAAAAACUUGAAGUUGACGAUCCAUCAGAAGUGACUGAAGAAAAUUUAUUAAGUGAAUUGUAUCCCAAAAAAACGCUUCAUAGACAACAAUUUGCAAAACCAGCACCGCCAUCAAGAGCUGGUCCCAGGCGUAUCAUCAAGUAAAACACCAAUUAUUUCAUAAAAAAAAUAUUGCCACAAAUCAUAAUCAAAUAUCCAACCUACCUAUUAUACCUAUCAUACACACAUAAUUUAUUUAAAGCAUUAAUUUGUAGAGGAAUUUAUCAUUUAUGACAGCGUAUUCAUAUUUUUUAUAGCGUUAUGAUGUAUUUGAGAAUAUUUUAAUCACUUUAAAAAAUAAUAAAGUUUUUUGAAAAUCAC